ACUGAACUCCAAUGGUCUUCAGGACGCUGAUGCGAUGCAGCGAGGGCGCAUGCAUACUGCGGCGAUGCCAGGCUUCAACCCAGACGGCGGAAUGGUGGCACCAGCAGCAGCAAUGCAGGGCUUCUACCCAGCCGGGGGCAUGGGGGCACCAGGAGCCCCAAUGCAGGGCUUCUACCCAGCCGGAGGCAUGGGGGCACCAGCAGCCCCAAUGCAGGGCUUCUACCCAGCCGGGGGCAUGGGGGCACCAGCAGCCCCAAUGCAGGGCUUCUACCCAGCCGGAGGCAUGAUGGCACCAGCAGCCCCGAUGGCGACUGGCGGAAGUGCGGUCCAGAAUGCGCAGGCUAACAUGAACGCCGCAUGGCCUCUGGUUAGAGAGAGCCACCCCCAGAAGGCCACUGGUGCCGUUUAUCCACGCGCCAACUAUCCGCGCUCCACGGACUAAAAGGCGCGGUUGUGCUCGAGAAACCCGGCUAAAGAUAUCAAGGCCUUCUCACGCUCCGCAUGCGUGCACG